UCUGCAAGAGAUGAUCAACCAUAAACGAAAGAACAGUCAAGAACAAGAUCUCAAUCACCAAGUCACAUCAUCUACUAGUUUCGCCGGUGUCACAUCAUCAACUAGUUUCUCCGGUGAGGAGGAGGAGGAGGAGGAGGACAUGCUGGAACUCCGCCUCAAUUCUCACCGCCCCUCUAGGCCUCGCCCAAGUGUGCCGCAACCACAGACCCAAAUCCCUGUACUGCCAGAGCUUCAUCAACUCUCCAACACACACUCUCGCCCAACUCUACUGCCAACACCACAACCAGAGGCUCAAAGCGCUCCAUCAAAUCAUCUUCAACUCUCAAACACACAUCCUCUUUACAGAGGUGAACCCUUGCUGCUUGCGCCAGAGCCUCUCCUUUAUCCCCUCAAUGGCUUUUAUCGCCCUAAUGGCGGUCAGUCCUCGAUUACACCAGUCCAGGCGGCCGCACCUCCACCGCCACCUCCACCUCCACCUCCACGGUCACAACCACCGGUGGUUCUUCAUCAAGAUGUGAGGCCAAGAGCCGUGCAGAUGCCACAACCACAGGUGGUUUUUCAUCAAGAUGUGAGGCCAAGAGCCAUUCAGAUGCCACCUCUACGGCCACCACCUGUGGGGCCAAGACCACUAGGGAUUCGGCCAGUCCGCGCGCGCCGGAACUCGACUCAGGCUCCAGGCCAAGGAAAGAGCGAGACGGUGCCGGCUCCGUUUCCUUGGGCCACCACAAAGCGAGCCACGGUCCACAACCUGAUAUACUUAAGGACACAUAAUAUAGUGACCAUCACCGGUGACGUACAGUGCAAGCGAUGCGAGAAGCAGUACGAGAUUGAGUACAAUCUGGAGCAGAAAUUUAUGGAGGUGGGGACUUACAUUGUUGAGAACAGGAUGAGGAUGCAUGACCGAGCACCGGAUAUGUGGAGGGACCCAGUACUUCCGGCUUGCAAGUACUGCGAGCAAGAGAACAGUGCGAGGCCGGUCUUGGCUGACAAAAAGAGGGCGAUCAAUUGGUUGUUUCUGUUUUUGGGACAGAUGCUUGGGUGUUGCACACUCGAACAGUUGAAAUAUUUCUGUAAGCACACAAAGAAUCAUCGAACUGGAGCCAAGGACCGGGUUCUUUAUCUAACUUAUCUGUGUUUGUGCAAACAGCUUGAUCCCACUGGGCCUUUUGAUGUUUGAAACUGAGCUCCAAGGUAAGAUAAGGAGCUACUGAGUUUUAAGGUUCAGUUAGUGGGAGGUGUGUGUUAGUAAACGAGAUUUUCA